AUGGCCGUAAGGAGGUACCUGGUCCUCGCUACGAUCUUCGGGCUUGUUGGCGGCGUGCUGACACAGGAAGACUGGGCUGCUCAGCUCAGAGGCGAGAUGGACCCAGCACGCAUUGAGGAAUUUCUAAGGAUCCUGACAGAGAAGCCCCACAUGGCGGGUACCCAGGGUGGGUACGAGUUAGCGGAGUACGUGAGACAGACGUGGGAGGACCAGGGUCUGGACUCCGCUAGAAUCGCUCCGUACGACGUGCUGCUCUCCUACCCACACCCGGACAGUCCCAGCUACGUGGCGCUACUUGAUGAGUCUGGGAAUGAAAUGUUCAGGUCUUCUGUGGCCGGUGAGCCACAGCUUGAUGUAGACCCGCCGUUCAACAUCUCCGGUGUACCGCCGCCUUUUGCAGCUUACUCACCUUCAGGAGUUGUGGAGGGAAAUCUGGUGUACGUAAACUACGCACGGACGUCCGAUUUCGACCUGCUGAAAAGUCGGGGUAUUUCUGUUGAAGGGAAGAUCGCCAUCGCCCGGUACGGAAAGACUUCACGAGGGCGCAAGUUGCGUCGUGCCCAAGACCGUGGCGCUAUCGGCAUGAUUGUGUACUCAGAUCCCAAGGAGGUGGUUGGAACCGGGAGUGGGAAAACUAAAAAGUAUCCGGACGGUUGGUACGCACCGGGUACAGCGGUACAGAGGGGACAUUACCUGUACGGUGUAGGGGAAGGGGAGCCACUCACACCUGGAUAUCCUGCUACAGACUAUGCCUACAGAAUUGACCAGAGUGACAGUGACCAGCUGCCCACCAUUCCCGUCCACGUCAUAGGGUACACAGAUGCCAUGGAGCUCCUUAGGCACAUGGGUGGGCCCCUUGUUCCAUCCUCCUGGCAAGGCCUGCUGGACAUAGAUUACCGCUUCGGACCAGAAAUGGAAGGGCCAGCAAGUAAGGUUCGUUUGGAUGUGAAUGUUGAAACUGAGGUGAGGACCGUUCACAAUGUGGUGGGGAUAAUCCGGGGAAGGGAGGAACCAGACCGAUACGUGAUUCUUGGUAACCACCGGGAUGCCUGGACCUUUGGCGGGGUGGACCCUAACAGUGGCACCGCCUGUCUGCUGGAGAUCACACGGGUCUUGGGAGAAAUGAUGAGAAGAGGGUGGCGCCCCAGACGCACCUUGAUGUUCGUCAGUUGGGAUGCAGAGGAGCAUGGGAUGCAUGGGUCGUAUGAGUGGAUCGAGGAAUUUGGCAAGAUCAUGUCAGAUCGAGCUGUGGCCUACCUGAACGUGGACAAUGCAGUUCGAGAUGACUACACUCUGCGUGCCAGAGCUACCCCCUCCCUCAAGCCUCUACUGAAGGAAGCUGCUAAGAUGGUCCCAUGGCCAACCUCCACCCAGGAUGGGAACACCCUGUAUGAAGUUUGGAGUAAACGGAGCCCUCAGACCAGUGCUUCUGACUCCCCUCCCAAGAUUUCUCUCCCUGCUGGUGCGAGUGACUAUGUGCCAUUUGUGAGAAGAGUCGGUGUCCCAAUCCUGGACCUUGCAAUGGUUCAUCGCUACACCAUUACGUACCCAAACUUCCCCCUCUACCACACGACCUACGAGACCUUCCACCUCCAGAAGACCUACAUCGACCCACACUUCAAGUUCCACCGCCUGAUGUCUCAGCUGUGGGGGGAGGUGGCCCUCUCCCUGGCCGAGUCCUGGAUUCUGCCCAUCGAUGUUUCUGAGUACGCAGGCACUGUCCAGGAGAUGUACAACUGGCUGGACAAUUGGUACCGUGACAAGUUUGAAGGGUCGGCUAUCUCACUAGAUGCCCUGCAGUCAGCAGUGGCCAACUUUACCCAGGCAGCGAUGAUGAUUGAAGAUGAACUGUCUUCUAUGGAAAACAAUACAGACCCACUGGUUGCCCGGAUGUACAAUGACCAGUUGAUGCAGAUGGAGAGAGCCUUCAUAGACCCACAGGGCAUCCUGUACCAGAAAUUCUACAGGCACACCAUCCUGUCCAGUGGUCUGUGGGAUACUGAGACCUUCCCUGCCCUGGGUGAUGCUGUGAGGAGGAUGGGCAGUGACUGGACUGAUCCUGGCAAGGAAGACAAACUCAAGGAGGUCAAGCAAGAGCUGUCAAUCAUCACAUUCUUCAUCCAAUCAGCUGCCAACAUUCUGGCUAAACCUGCCUCAACUGUGUUUUAAAUUGAGAAAGUCACAAUGAACAAAGUAGAAAUUGCAAAAAUGGUGAAUUAGUAUGAAUUAGUGAUGCAUACCGGUUCACUGGACUUGGAUCCGGACUUGUAAGAAUGUUUAGGUUCAAGUCCAAAAAAACCUAAAAGUCAA